GGGGGCCGCGGGCCCGGGGCGGCGGCGCUGGGAUUGUACGGGGCGCUGGCGGCGCUGGUGCUGCUGGCGGUGCGGGACGUGCUGCUCCUGUACGAGGAGAACCGGUGCAGCAUGACCUACAUGUACGAGUACCCCGAGUACCUGAAAAUAAAACUACCUAAGAAGAUAUCCAGACGCUAUCCAGCUUAUGAGCUCUAUCUGUAUGGGGAAGGAAAUUACGCUGAAGAAAACAAAAAUUUGCUGCUGACAGGGAUUCCAGUUCUCUUCCUUCCUGGCAAUGCUGGGAGUUACAAACAAGUGCGUUCUCUUGGCUCUAUAGCACUUAGAAAGGCAGAAGACAUUGACUUCAAGUACCAUUUCAAUUUCUUCAGUGUCAAUUUUAACGAGGAGCUGGUUGCACUAUAUGGUGGUAGUCUGCAAAGGCAGACCAGAUUUGUUCAUGAGUGCAUAAAAGUAAUCCUUAAAUUGUACAAGGAUUGUGAAUUUGCACCAAGCAGUGUUGCAAUAGUAGGCCAUUCCAUGGGUGGUCUUGUAGCAAGAGCAUUGCUUACUCUAAAGAACUUUAAACCUGAGCUUAUCAACCUCCUCAUUACACAAGCCACACCUCAUGUUGCACCUGUAAUGCCUUUAGACAAAUAUCUUACUGAUUUUUAUACAGCUGUAAACAAUCAUUGGAUUUUAAAAGCCCAGGACAUAAGAAAUCUAACUAUGCUUUCUGUGGCGGGAGGAUUCAGAGAUUACCAAGUUCGUUCAGGACUGGCUUUUCUACCCAGAUCGAGUCAACAUAAUAGUGCCUUAUCUGUUGUGAGCUCAGCAGUUCCUCGAGCAUGGGCUUCAACAGACCACCUCUCCAUAGUGUGGUGUAAAGAACUGAUAUUGGCUACCAUUAGGGCAUUUUUUGAUCUCAUUGAUGAAAACACCAAACAGAUAACUGAUGAUCCAAAGAAAAGAUUGUCAGUAUUGAAUCACCACUUUGUGAAACACCCAGCAAAGCUGUAUGCAGAAAACCCUGAAACACUUACUGAACUUACAGGAGCCUUCAUUUGGAUUAAAAUCAGAACCUCAAAAUGGAACUAUACAGUAUACAAUGAAUCUGAUGGAAAAUAUUUUACGUUUCCUCUUGCAAGCCACAGAAAAUCCUACAGUCAUGUUCAUUGUCAAAACAGUAUGUUGGACACAAAUAGCUGGAUUUAUGGCUGUGUAAACAGUAAUUCCUCUAUGUGCCUGGAAGGUGUUGACUUAUCCUGGAAAGCUGAGUUACUGCCAACUAUAAAGGCUGUAACUCUGAAACUUCAGGAAUAUCCUUUUUUGUCCCAUCUUGUAGUGCAUGUACCAUCCACUAAUGGAAAUAAGUUUACUUUGGACUGUGAAUUUUUCCAAGAGGAUUCCAGAACAGUACAACUGCCUGUAACACAUCUGUUUUCUUUUGGGCUUUCUUCAAGCAAAAUUUUAUUAAAUUCAUCUGGUCUAAUUUACAAUGUACAGCUCCAGCACUUUGGCCAGAUAUAUCAAGCUUUUAAAAUCUACAUUGAGGGCCAAUGUCAGUCACUCAACGGAAGAAAACAUAGUAUUUACAGACUUCAUGUACCAUGGUCACAUGAAGACUCAAUAACUGUAUCUAAAGUUCCAUCUUUAACUGAGAUUUCUGCUAAACUGCAUAUUGCACAACCGGAAAAUGACAGCAGUGUUGCAGUAUUAAAUAUUUAUUCAUCCUCAUAUUGUCAAUAUGAAGUAACCAUCAAGACUUCUUUCUUACAAGUUCUUGGACAACUAAUAAGAUUCCAUGGUGGUACCCUUCCUGUGUAUGUUAUUUCUAAUAUUCUUCUUGCAUAUGGAGGACAAUUAAAUACAUUAAUUUCAACAGGUCAGUGUUCAGAUUUUGCUCUUGUACUCUCAAGAACAGCCAGACCCUACAAAGUAGAGCCCGCUGUGAAUAUUAUUACGUUUUUAUUGGGGUUUGCUUGGUUUAAAGAUGUAUGGGAUGCACUGUUCUUACCAGAGAUGGAUGCUGCUGUGCUGAAUAAUCAGGAUGUGUGGUUCCCUCUUGUGUCCCUGAUUCUGUUUUUUUUUGGGACAGGCAUUGCCUUUUGGGGUGGCAUACUCUUCUCUUCAUCUCUAAGGCUCUUAUCUUCUUUCUGGUUAGCCUUGACAAGACCCUCUGGGCUUCCUAAAGACAGCAGGUUGGUCACACCCAAAAGAUCAUGUAUGACCAUUCUUCUGGUUUUCAUUAGCUGGACCACCUGUGGGGCAUUUGCUAUAUUAAUUAUUUAUCUUCACUACUUGUUCAAGGUUAUUAAACUACAUGUGAAUGUAAGAGCAGAGCAAAGAGUUCUUAAUGCGGCUCCAAAGCACUCAAAAGAAACUUCAGAUAAUGCUAAUAAAAAAUUGAUAAAGAACUGCCGUUCAAUAGAUCGAAGUGGAGAAGCAGCAAAGUUACUCGCCACUAGUGCAGUUGCUGAUGAAGUUGUAAAUGGUUUUAAUAUGCAUGUUACAGUAAUCAUUUUACUCACAUGGAUCAUGCUGCUCAGUUUUCCAUCUUUAAUUUAUUGGGUAAAAAAUCUCAGGUACAAUAUUAGACUUGAUCCUGAUCCUUGUAGACCUAUGGCUAUUAUCCUUGUACCCACUUUGGGAAUUCUCAUGAAUUCAAGUACUACUAAAGUAAAAUCAAGUAAACUGUUGAAGAUUGCUGCGCAAUUUCCACUUCCUUUGUCUGUUGCUGUGGUGGCCUUUGGACCAAUGCACUUAUACAGAGUACCAUACUUUGUUAUUUUUUCUCUCCUUCUACAUGUUUUAUGUUGCCUUGUGUAAUUUUCAGUUUACCAAAUGAAAUAAGGAAAAAAGGCCAGAAGUUGAGAUUUGGAAAUGAUGGAAGUUGAAAUCUCUAAUCAACAUAAUUGAGAGAAAAAGACAGAAAUAUGAACGCUUUUUGCAAGCUUGAAGUUUUGUGAAAUCAGUUAGAAAGCUUGUUGUGGUGGUCUACUAAACAGGAAAAUUGAUGAAAGAAUUACAGUGCAUCUGUGCACAUAAAUCUCUUUUUAGUAGAGAAACACUUUUAAAUGUUCUAGGUUUCAGUAGACACAAUACUCGUUAUUCACAUUGCAGGAAUUUUGAUAUUUAAUUUCACUUGAUUUUAUGUUGAAACAUGUUUUUUCUCGGAAUGCCCUAUAACAAUAUGCAUUGGAUUUGCAUUUUUUUUGAGUUGCAAAAUGUGGUGAGUAAAAUUCACAAACAAAUUUCAAGUGCACUGUGAGUAUCACAAAAAA